AUGUCAAAUCCCAGAAACUUCCUGAUUCUCUGCACUAUAGGGACCACUAUAUUUGAGAAGGUACUAUGCGACCUUAGAUCAAGCAUAAAUUUGAUGUCGCUCUCUGUCAUGAAAAAACUGGGGAUUAAAGAGGUGCAACCCACAAAGAUAUCACUGGAGAUGGUAGAUAAGUCCCUAAAAUGGGCAUAUGGAUUGGUGGAGAACAUCCUUGUAAAGGUUGAAGACCUUUACCUCCCCGCAGACUUCGUGAUACUAGACACUGAAAAGGAGAAGAACGACUCCAUCAUCCUAAAAAGGCCCUUCUUAGCUACUGGAAAGGCCUUAAUUGAUGUUGAGAGAGGAGAGCUAAUUCUGAGGUUAUGGGAGGACCAUAUAAUGUUUAAGAUACCUAACCCUCACUCUCUCUCUGAUAAAGGAGGUACUACAAUACAACAAUUAGUGUUUCAACCUUCCCCUCUUAGUAGAAAGCCAUACAGAACCCUCUGA